CACAAUCGUGGGAAUUUUCGUACAAAAUCGGAUUCUCUCCGCAAAUUCGAUUGGAGAAUCCACGCACUGCAAAUUCGAUUGGAGAAUCCACGCAAUCACCAUCGUAUUAUAGUCUCACCAAAUCGAAUCCCAAAGCAAUCCCUCCCUCCCUCCGAGGGUUUACCAAAUCUCUCUCUCUCUCUCUGUCUCUCUCUCUCUAACCUGAAGAGAGAGACCACCAAAAAUGUCAGCCGACGCUUCGCCGCCGGUGGAUCAAAAGUCCGCCGUAACACUAGCCGACACCGCCGAAGAGGCCUUGUUCUCUCAGCGGGUCUUGAUCCGGAGCAUAAUUUGUCGCCCCGAUGGCGGGUCCGGGUUGGCGGGCCAGAAGGUACGAGUCGGUGGGUGGGUGAAGACCGGGCGUGAGCAAGGUAAGGGAUCGUUCGCAUUUCUGGAGCUGAACGACGGGUCGUGCCCGGCGAACCUCCAGGUCAUGGUGGACGCCGCCGUGGCGCCGCUGGGACAGCUGGUGGCGACAGGCACGUGCGUGCACGUGGAGGGGGAGCUGAAGGAGCCUCCGGAAGGAGCGAAGCAGAGGAUCGAGCUGAGGGUUGAGAAGGUUCUGGAAGUGGGGACUGUUGAUCCGGCUAAGUAUCCAUUGCCUAAGACAAGGCUAACCCUUGAAUUUCUCAGAGACUGUGUUCAUCUUCGUCCCAGAACCAAUACGAUUUCUGCAAUUGCUCGCAUCCGUAAUGCACUGGCUUAUGCUACCCAUACAUUCUUCCAGAAACAUGGGUUUCUUUACGUGCACACUCCAAUUAUCACCACUAGUGAUUGUGAGGGUGCUGGUGAAAUGUUUCAAGUCACAACCUUGAUUAAUGAUGCAGAAAAGUUGGAAAAAGAGCUGAUUAAAAACCCUCCUCCAUCUGAAGCAGACCUGGAAUCCGCUAUGCUUCUUGUCAAGGACAAAGGAGAGGCUGUUGCCCAACUAAAAUCAGCCAAAACAAGCAAGGAGGAAAUUAAUGCUGCUGUUGCUGAGCUAACAAAAGCUAAAGAAAAUCUUUCAAAGCUCGAAGAGAGAUCUAAGCUCAAACCUGGGAUUCCCCAAAAGGAUGGGAAAAUUGAUUAUUCCCUAGAUUUCUUUGCACGACAAGCAUUUUUGACCGUUUCUGGACAACUUCAAGUUGAAACUUUUGCAUGUUGCCUUAGUAGUGUCUAUACAUUUGGGCCAACUUUUCGAGCUGAGCACUCACAUACCUCAAGGCAUCUGGCAGAAUUCUGGAUGGUGGAGCCGGAAAUAGCAUUUGCAGAUCUUGAGGAUGAUAUGAAGUGUGCAGAGGCAUACGUGAAGUUCAUGUGUCAAUGGUUGCUUGAUAACUGCCUUGAUGAUAUGGAAUUUAUGGUUAAAAAUUUUGAUAAAAGUGCAAUUGAUCGUCUACGAUUGGUUGCUUCAACCGAUUUUGUCCGCCUUUCUUACACGGAAGCAAUUGCAAUUCUUGAGGAAUCAUCGAAAGAAAGGCAGUUUGAGAAUAAAGUGGAAUGGGGAAUUGAUUUAGCAUCUGAACAUGAAAGAUUCUUGACUGAUGUGAAAUUUAAGUCACCUGUUAUUGUGUAUAAUUACCCAAAAGGGAUCAAAGCAUUUUAUAUGAAGGUUAAUGCUGACAACAAAACUGUAGCUGCUAUGGAUGUGCUUGUACCAAAGGUGGGAGAGCUAAUUGGAGGAAGUCAAAGGGAAGAGCGUUACGAGGUCAUUCAGGAAAGGAUACUGGAGAUGGGGCUUCCUCUUGAGCCAUACGAGUGGUACCUUGAUCUUCGACGCUACGGCACUGUUAAACAUAGUGGAUUUGGUUUAGGCUUUGAACGGAUGAUUCUCUUUGCCACGGGGCUUGACAACAUUAGAGAUGUCAUUCCCUUCCCUAGAUACCCGGGAAGAGCAGAUCUGUGAUUUAUUACUUGGUAAUGCAGAUGCCAAGAUAGCUUUUCUAUUAUACCCAACUACUUUGUUUACUGUUGUCAUCCUAAACAGAAUUAAAUACAGAAACUGUGAUAGUGAAUUUGUAUCAGCCAUAUGAGUUGGUUUUGAUGAUGGAUUGAGUUGGCAGGAUGUGCAUUCAGAAUAAACGCACAAUUACCUUCUCUCUUUUUAUUUUUGAACAUAUUAAACACACAAUUAUCAAGGAUGGUGAAAAUGUAAUUGGUUUCACAUUUGGCUGUUCUAGGAAUUGUUGUAUAGAUUUUCAAUUAACCUGAUAUGUAAUAGAAGAUUAUGAGGAAGUUACCAAUUGAAGUUAA